AUGUCUCCGGAGGUGAUGAUGCUCCUGGUGCUGGUGCAGAUCCUGUGGGUUUUACCUGGGACCGGAGCGGCUCCUCCUGUGAGCCCAGAGCAGCUGGACACCGGGGUGGACUGGCUGAGCAGGUUUGGCUACCUCCCACCCCCCGACCCAGUGACUGGUCAGCUCCAGACCAAGGAGGCCCUGACCACGGCCAUCAAAGCCAUGCAGAGGUUCGGAGGCCUGAAGGAAACUGGAGUCUUCGACCAAGCCACGCUGGGUCUUAUGAAAACACCCAGAUGUUCUCUGCCAGAUGUGUCCGAGGCCGAGGGGAUGGUGGGCCGCAGCAAACGAAGCGCGACCCCUCAGAACAAAUGGAAUAAGAGGCAUCUCUCCUGGAGAGUGAGGACCUUCCCUAAGGAUUCAGCCUUACUGGGCAGGGACACCGUUCGAGCCCUGAUGUACUACGCCUUGAAAGUCUGGAGCGACAUCGCGCCGCUCAACUUCCACGAGGUGGCCGGCAGCGACGCAGACAUUCAAAUCGACUUCACCAAGGCCGACCACGACGACGGGUAUCCGUUCGACGGGCCGGGGGGAACCGUGGCUCACGCCUUCUUCCCCGGGGAGAGGUUCACCGCCGGGGACACGCACUUUGACGACGAUGAGGCGUGGACCUUCAGAGCACCAGACGCCCAUGGGAUGGAUCUGUUUGCAGUUGCAGUCCAUGAGUUCGGUCACGCCAUCGGCCUGGUCCACACCUCCGCCAUCGAGUCCAUCAUGAGACCGUACUACCAGGGUCCCGUAGGAGACCCUCUGAAAUACGACCUGCCCUACGAGGACAAGGUCCGCGUGUGGCAGCUCUACGGGGUCCGAGACUCAGUGUCCCACACUAAUCGACCAGCGAACCCCUCGCAGACAGCUGAGCCCCCCGUCCUGCUGGACCUCCCUGAAAACAGAUCAACUGUCUUCCUGGCACGAGACGCCCCAGACAGAUGCUCCAGUAAUUUCGAUGCCGUGGCACAGAUUCGCGGGGAGGCCUUCUUCUUCAAAGGGAAGUACUUCUGGAGAUUAACUCGAGAGAAGCACCUGGUUUCUCUUCGCCCGGCUCAGAUCCAUCGCUUCUGGAGAGGCCUGCCGCCCAACCUGGACAGUAUCGACGCCGUGUACGAGCGACCUGGGGACCACAAAAUUGUGUUUUUUAAAGGUCUCAAGUACUGGGUGUUUAAAGACAAUAACGUGGAGGAAGGUUACCCUCGUGCGAUCAGUGACUUUGGUUUGCCCUUGGAAAGCAUUGACGCAGCGUUUGUUUGGCUGCACAACGACAAAACCUACUUCUUCAAGGACAACAACUACUGGCGCUACGACGACCACCUGCGGCGCAUGGACCAGGGCUACCCCAAAGACAGCUCGCUGUGGAAGGGGCUGCCGCCGCACCUGGACGACGCCAUGAGGUGGUCGGACAGCUCGUCCUAUUUCUUCAAGGGGAAGGAGUACUGGAAGGUUCCGGGCAGUGAGAUGGAGGUGGAGGCAGGUUACCCCCGCCUCAUCGCCAAGGACUGGCUGCUGUGCACGGAGAUGCAGUCGGACUCCCCCGACUCGGAGGCCAAGAGCACGGAGACCAGGGUCAACGUGCACCGCCAGCCGGACCACGCGGAGAACGGGUACGAGGUCUGCUCCUGCACCUCGGACUCCGCCUCGCCUCUGGGCGCCCGCCCCUCCCCCCUCUGGCUGCUGCCCCCCCUCUGGACGCUCUCGCUGGCCCUCAGCUCCGAACUGCUAUGA